AUGUCUCCUUCACCACCAUCAUCAAUACGUUGGUCCUCCAGGCCUACCAAGACUCCAUCAUAUUUGCAGGAUUUCCAUGUAGAGGCAUCUCUCCCCUCUCGACUCCCACCUUCAUCUUCAACGAACGUGGUUCUUCCCUCAGGAAACAGUUUGAAAGAUAUCAUGGACACCAAACAAUUUCUUUCUAGUCAUUUCAAGCUAAAGGAUAUGGGGCAGCUAAAGUACUUUUUGGGAAUAGAAGUAGCCAGAUCAAAGCAAGGCAUUGCACUAUGUCAAAGGAAGUAUGCCCUAGAGAUUCUUGAAGACACAGGUUUCCUUGGUGCCAAGUCCUCACGUUUUCCUGUUAAUCAAAGUAUAUCACUCACACAAACAAAUGGAGAUUUACUAGAUGAUCCAUCACAAUAUUGCAGAUUGGUAGGGCGGCUCAUAUACCUUACCAUUACAAGGCUUGAUCUUGUCUAUGUCAUCCACUUACUAAGUCAGUUUAUGGACAAGCCCAAGAAACCACAUCUUGAGGCAGCGCAUAAGGUCUUAAGGUACAUUAAACAAGCACCAGAGCAAGGGAUUCUUCUGCCUUCCACAGGGUCAUUAGAGUUAAGGGCAUAUUGCGACGCUGACUGGGCUCGUUGCAAGGACACAAGGAGGUCAGUGCCAAGAUAUUGCAUUCUUUUUGGUAAUGCACCAAUUUCAUGGAAAACAAAGAAGCAGAGUACAGUAGCUCGCUCAAGUGCUGAAGCGGAAUAUCGUUCUAUGGCCACUACGUGUUGUGAGGUGACUUGGUUGCGCAAUAUAUUGAAGGAUUUGAAUGUAAAUCAUACACAACUAGUUAGGUUAUUUUGUGACAAUCAAGCUGCUAUUCAUAUAGCAUCAAACCCAGUAUUUCAUGAGUGCACAAAGCAUAUAGAAAUCAAUUGUCAUGUUGUUCUUGAAAAGGUGCAAAGAGGAAUAGUCAAAACAGCAUAUGUUCGCACCAAAGAGCAACCAGCAGACCUGUUUACCAAGCCCCUGAGUUCAAUCCAGUUUGAGGCAUUACUUCGCAAGUUGAGUGUAAUCAACAUACACUCCAACUUGAGGGGGAGUAUCGAAGGAAAGAAUCCCAUGUAA